GUUUCUUUCCUUCUCUUUUCUUCUCGUUUGCUCUUUGAGACACGGCGUUCCCCAGAUUUCUCUUUGUGUUUACUUGCUGUUAAGCCCACUUAUCCAUCUCUUCAUUUGAAAAAUGACCGUCGUAAAGAACAUUUGCUGUAUCGGUGCCGGUUAUGUCGGCGGACCUACCUGUGCUGUCAUUGCCUACAAGUGUCCUGACAUUAAGGUCACCAUUGUCGACAUUAACCCUACACGUAUUGCUGCUUGGAACUCGGACAAUUUGCCUAUCUAUGAGCCUGGUCUGGACGAAAUCGUGUUUCAGUGCCGUGGCAAAAACUUGUUUUUCACCACUGACGUCGACGCUACCAUUCAAGAGGCUGAUCUGAUUUUCGUUUCCGUCAAUACCCCCACCAAGAAGUCCGGUAUCGGUGCCGGUAUGGCUGCCGAUCUUGCCUUUGUUGAAAGUGCUACGCGUCGUAUUGCCGAAGUCUCAAAGAGCUCCAAGAUUGUGGUGGAAAAGUCAACUGUGCCUUGCCGUACUGCUCAGAGCAUGCGUACUAUUUUGGACGCCAACUCUACCCCCGAAAUCCACUUUGAUAUUCUGUCAAAUCCCGAAUUUUUGGCUGAAGGCACUGCCAUCACUGACCUUCUCAACCCUGACCGUGUGUUGAUUGGUGCCCUGCAAACCCCCGAAGGAUUGAAGGCUCAGGAGGCUUUGGUCAAUGUAUACACACACUGGGUUCCCCGGGAUCGAGUGAUCACCACCAACUUGUGGUCUUCCGAACUCUCAAAGUUGGCAGCCAAUGCCAUGUUGGCUCAACGUAUCUCUUCAAUCAACGCCCUUUCGGCGAUUUGCGAAGCUACUGGUGCUGACGUCGAUGAAGUCGCUUAUGCUUGUGGUCGCGAUUCCCGUUUGGGACCCAAGUUUUUGAAGGCUUCUGUUGGUUUUGGUGGUUCCUGUUUCCAGAAGGAUAUUCUCAAUUUGGUGUAUCUGUCCCAGCAGCUGAAUCUGCCCGAAGUGGCCGAUUACUGGAAGCAGGUGGUGAUCAUGAACGAAUACCAGAAGAAGCGUUUUGUGCGAAAGAUCAUUUCUACUUUAUUCAACACCAUCACUCACAAGAAGAUUGCUGUUCUUGGUUUUGCGUUCAAGAAGGAUACCGGUGAUACCCGUGAAUCGGCGGCUAUCACGUUGAUCAAGGACUUUAUUCAGGAGAACGCCAAGGUGGCUAUUUACGAUCCCAAGGUUUGCCCCGAACAGAUCUUCAUGGAUUUGUCUGAACCCGGUGUGGUUGAUAACCGCAAGGAGUUGGAGAAGCAGAUUCAGAUUUGCGCAAGCGCUUACGAAGCAGCGGAAGGUGCUGAUGCGGUGGUCAUUGUCACGGAAUGGGAUGAAUUCCGCGAUGAUCAAAUUGAUUAUACAAAGAUCUACGACAGCAUGCACAAACCUGCGUUCCUAUUCGACGGUCGCUUGUUGGUGAACCCCACUAAACUUCGGGAGAUUGGUUUCAAAGUCAGCGUUAUUGGCAAGAAUGAGCUUGCUGGCACGGCCUAAAAAAUUCUAGAUCGUUUUUUUUUUUGUUUCUCGUUUCCCAAACUUGCAUUUUUCCUUAUUUCCCUCUUGUCCUUUUUCCAACUAUACCUCGUGUUCCCAAAUUGAGGCUUUAUUUUUGUUUCCAUUUUUAUAAAAAAAAACCGGCAUGAAGUAUAGAUAAAAUAAAUAAACUGCACGCAAACAGCUUCCUUGCAUGAAGAUUUUUGUGAGUCGUUCUACUAUUUUUGUUGGUUUUUUUUUUAUUGGCAACAACCCGGGAACCCUUUUUGAUUUCUUGGAAUAGUUCGUAUGACAUAAUUGCUCCGAUGGACGUUUGAGAUUAUGAAAAAUACGCAGAAUUUUAAUUGGGUAUGUCUAUGCUGCAACUUUAGAAGCACGCUCAGCGGUGAUCUCUGAAGAACAAAAAAAAAACAAAAAAAAAG